AUGUAAUUAUUAAAACUUAAUCAAUUUCAGCCACUCUCCAAAGUAGAUAAGCCUAUUCCUGGGAAUGUAGUUAUCUGCUUACAAUUGGGGCCAAACUAUGUUACAUUCAAGUCCUUUGCUUUGAAAUACAGUGAGGAUUGCUAGCAUUACUACAUUAAUUUUUUACUCAAUUACUACGAAGCAUUCUAAACUAAGGACAACAGUUAUCAUCUUGAGUUUUAAAUGUGCUAUUUUGAAUUGUUGCCUCAAUUUGAUAGAAUAAAGAAUAUUCCAAUUCAAAGAGGUUACAAGCUGAAGAAUUUGAAGGAAAAUUUCAAUAUCAAGCCAAUUAUCGAUCAAGUCAUAGCUAUCACUUCCUACAAAGACAUGAAAUGCUACAUUUUGGAUCCUUAGACUCAUCCUCAAAGUAGGUUUAAUGACCAUGAGAUAGUGACAAGAACUAUCCUACAUUAUUUUCAGUAGACCUUCUCUGUCGAGUGUUGUCUGUUAAAGGAAAUCAAGUAGGAUGCUACAGCCUUAAUUAGAUCAGCAUUGUUGCUGGAUUUUAUCUAUAAAUAUAUGGAUGAGAGCAACAAUGUGGAGAGAAUAGAAAAUAUCAAGAUCAGAUCAUCAGAUGCUAAAUAAUUGUUAGAGAAAAUAAAAUGGUUCAUCCAAAAAUGUUACAAUGAUAAUAUUUACAUCACCAAUCAAUAGAGAUAAUAACCGAAAUUGAUGGACAAAUUGUUAAGUUAUGAUGAAUGGAAAUAACAAAUGAAUUCGGAUUCAUUCGAAAAAGUGAAUAAAAUAAAAGACUAGUUCAAAUCGAGGAAUGAAUCAAUCAUUAAGUUUAAUCAACCCACCAGUCCUGAUAGUUCCAUUAGUAUUCUAUCACUUAUGGGAUAAAACCAGUUGAAUCAAUCAUUAAGCAGUUCUUAGUCAGGGAUAUCCAUGAAUGCUCAAUCCUUUCUGAAAUAGCAAAUCUACAAUCAAGAAAUUCCAAGAAGAGAUCAUAGAGUUAAUGAGGAUGUAAUAACUAAAUAAGAAUUUGAAAACUUACUGAGAGAUGCCAAAUAACAAAUCAGACAGGAAGUCUUAGAAGAAUUGAAGAGGGAAUAGGAUGAGAAGAUGCAACAAUAUGAGACUAAAUUAUAAACCAAGUAUAAUCCUCUUGAUGAAUAGAUAGCCCAAGAAUAUCUCACUUAAGUUAAAUUCCAAAGAUAUAAGGAAUAUUUAGAUUAUUUAAUGGAAUAUUAUUACAAUAAUGAUAAAUAAGAAUACUAUAAAUUAAUAGAUGAAUAUAAUUAACGAUUGAAAGACACUGCUCUGAAUGGGAUGGUAGAAGUACAAAAGCAAGAAAUAUUGAAAUUGCAAGCUAUUACCAAAAAAAAGAUUGUAGAAUAAAAUCAGUAGUUAGAAAUUGCUUUAUACAAUCAAAAGAAGGAACUGAAAGAUAUCAUCCCAAUUAAAAACAAGCUUCAAGAAAGGAAAGAAGAUUAUUAAAGAUUCUAAAUUUAACAAAACAAACAUGAGUAUAAAUUCUAAUUUGCAAAUGUCAAUUUAACUAUUGAUCCAUUUGAAUUCAAGACUGAUCAAUAAGUUGAUGAAAUCAGAAAACAGAAAACCAUUCUGGAUUAAUUAGAUUUAUCUAAAACUGAAAUUAAAGAGAUGUAGAAUGCAUGGAAAUUUGAAACUUCUAAAAGCAGUCUCUCAAGAUCAUCAGUCUAUAAUUAUGAUGAAGAACUUGAAAAACUAUAGAAGUUGUACCAAAAUAAAAAUAUACCUGAACCUUAUCAAUCUAAUCGAUAUUCUAAUAACGUGAUAUCACAUGGGUCGAAUCCUUAAGUUUAAUCUCAAGCUUAUUCAAAUUUAGUAUUCUCCAAUAAGGAUCCAACAUCUUAAAGAAAUCUCAAAAAUAAUGAUCCUACAUCCAACUAACAAUCUAAAUAUGAUCUCACAUCUAAAUAGUAAUCUAAGUUUGAUCCAAUGAGCAAAAGAAAUCUGGAUCUGUCAAAUGCUUAAUCAGAAUUCUCGAGAUUACAAAUUGGAUAGAGUUAAAAGAAUCUAGAUAGAAGUAUAAGAUAACCCUCCUAAUUUGAUUCAUUAUCAUAGAUUGAAUAAAAUUAAGACUAAUAAAAGUGA